CUCUCGCACCAACUCCACUCAGUCUGCCUCUCAGCCUUGCGCAGUCAACCGACAGCAGCGCCACAGGGUGCAGGGAUAUCCUGAUGAAAACAGGAGACUGUACGGGGAUGAAGGAUACAGACUACAGAGUUGUCUGUCAUGAAGUGAAGCAGGAGGCUAAUUAAUCACCAUUCCAAGACGAGAGUAGGAUCGGAGGAGGAGGAGGAGGAAAGUAGGUCAUUGGGCCAGCAGGUCAGUGAAGUGCUGAUGACAUCAUGGUUAUACAACCCUGCCUUUCCAGUUGCACAACACCCACUUUAUGAACUCAGAUGUUGCUGCCAUGUGGUACUUUUACAUUCAAAGUAGGCCACAAACUCAACUCACUGAAGACCUUUUAGUAACGGAGACUGACAGCGACUUUCCUCCAAGACUCACAGGGGUCCACUGCUACUACGACGUAUCUACCCUGACUCGGUACUCAUUCAGCAGAACUUUCCUCCCACAGGACUGGCUAAACUGUCGGUUCUUUCACAAAUGUCUACCUCACGAUUAAAAGACCCCUCUUCAAUGCUGCAACCCUAAACAGGAAACAAAAUGACCUCCAGCAUUGACCGAGAUGAUGGCAGCAUCUUUGAUGGGUUAAUGGAAGAAGAUGAAAAGGACAAAGCGAAACGCGUGUCCCGCAACAAGUCUGAGAAGAAGCGCAGAGACCAGUUCAAUGUCCUCAUCAAGGAGCUGGGGACCAUGUUGCCAGGCAACACCCGCAAGAUGGACAAAUCUACUAUUUUGCAGAGAAGCAUUGACUUUCUACAUAAACACAAAGAAAUCGCUGCUCAGUCUGAAUCAACUGAGAUCAGACAAGACUGGAAACCUCCUUUUCUUAGUAAUGAAGAGUUCACUCAGCUGAUGUUGGAGGCAUUGGAUGGAUUUUUCCUUGCAAUUAUGACAGAUGGGAAUAUAAUCUACGUCUCAGAGAGCGUGACAUCCCUUCUAGAACAUUUACCUUCUGAUCUUUUAGAUCAAAAUCUGUUAAACUUCCUGCCUCCGGGGGAGCAUUCUGAUGUCUACAAGGUUCUGUCCUCUCAUGUCAUGGACGGAGAGACGAUUACACCUGACUAUCUAAAAAAUAGAAAUCAGCUAGAGUUCUGUUGCCACAUGCUUCGAGGGACAGUCGAUCCCAAAGAGUCCCGCGUGUAUGAAUAUGUCAGGUUUACUGGAAACUUCAAGUCCCUAAAUAAUGUGCCUAACUGUACCCAAAAUGGAUUUGAAGGAAUCAUCCAGCGAUCACUUCACUCUGCCUUUAAAGACAAAGUGUGUCUCAUUGCGACUGUGAGGUUGGCCAAACCACAGUUUAUCAAGGAGAUGUGCACUGUAGAAGAGCCUAAUGAGCAAUUUACCUCAAGGCAUAGUUUAGAGUGGAAAUUUCUCUUCUUGGACCACAGAGCUCCACCCAUCAUAGGUUACCUCCCAUUUGAGGUCCUGGGGACGUCUGGGUACGACUACUACCACAUAGAUGAUCUGGAGACACUGGCCAAAUGCCACAAACACUUAAUGCAAUAUGGCAAAGGAAAGUCCAGCUAUUACAGAUUCCUUACCAAAGGGCAGCAGUGGAUUUGGCUGCAGACCCAGUACUACAUCACUUAUCACCAGUGGAACUCUAGACCAGAGUUUAUUUUCUGCACACACACUGUUGUGAGUUAUGCUGAAGUCAGAGCGGAGCAGCGCAGAGAACUUGGAAUUGAAGAAUCACCACCUGAGAUCAAAGCAGACAAGCAUUCGCAGGAUUCAGGCUCUGAGUCCCGCCUCGACACUUACCACAGCCGGACCUCCUCGAUCUCGUCUCGCAGCUCACGCAAAUCCUCACAUACUGCUGCAUCUGACCCACCCUCAUCACAGAUGAAUCUUCAGGAAAACAGAAGCACACCAGCUCAACAGUCCCCUGCCGUGGAGAUGACGUUGCAGCGAAGACCAUCGGCCAGCAGAGAGCCAUCGAUUGGCUGCCAAAACACAGGGCAGAGUGCAGCCAUGGUUUCACAGCAGCAACAACAACAACAACAACAACAACUUCAAACCAGCCAAUCAGUGCAGUUCUCCAGCCAGCUGGAAGCCAUGCAGCACCUGAAAGAGCAGCUGGAGCAGAGGACCAGGAUGAUAGAGGCCAAUAUUCAGAAGCAGCUGGACGAGCUACGGCAGAUCCAGGAGGAACUGCAGAGGGUGCAAGGACAAAGUCUGCAGAUGCUCCAGGUGCAGAAAGGACCAGGUGGACAAAAUCUCAGCUCUGCUCAGAUGGCCCAGGGAAGCUCUGGGCAGCAUGGGGGGGCACUUAGCAUGCAGGGUCAGGUGGUCUCUGCAGGGCCUCUACAGAACAGCAUACAACCACAACAACAUGCUAUUCAGUCCCAGUCACAACAGCAAACGCUUGUUAGGGAACAGAGCACAGCGCUCUCCCAGUCUCAGCGGUCGACUCUUACUCUGCAGCCUCAACAAAACCCCCUUUCAGCCUCUCUCUACAACACAAUGGUGAUCCAGCAGCAAAAUCCUGCUAAUGUGGUUCAGAUUGCCACUAGCCUGGCACAGAAUACUGGACCCAACACUCCUGCUGUGGCAACCUUUGCACAGGACCAUGCAGCUCAGAUAAGGUUUCCUACUGGUCCUCCGCUACUGACUAAAGUAGUAGCUGGACAGGUGGCCUGUGGGGCAGUCAUGGUCCCCACAACCAUGUUAAUGAGUCAAGUGAUGACGGCCUUUGCUCCUCAGCAGGGCCAGACACAGACUAUAAGUAUUUCCCAGCAGCCACAACAACAGGAGCAGCAGAUAAAACCACAGUCACAAGUUUCAGCCAUGCAGACAGGACAGGCUCCACUGACCCAGCAGCAACCACAGUUUCUACAGGCACCUCAGCUCCUUCAUGGAAACCAGCCCACACAGCUGAUCUUCCAGACAGCGUUUCCUCUACAGCAACAGAGUACCUUCACCGCUGCAGCCCAGCAGCAGCGACAGCAACAGUUGCAACAGCAGAAACAGCAACGACUUUCCACUCACAGAUCAGAGAGUUUAUCUGACCGCUCUGCUACACAGCCACAGUAGCUGACCGAAGCCUGUCAGAAGCAGAACUGCGCAAACUUCAGCAUGUCUGUGUGUGACAGGAGUUCAGCAGCACUGCCUAAGAGGCUACGGUAUGAUUGCAGGAGCUGGCCACGGGUUCCCAUCUCUUACAAGGAUCUUCUGCUGUUUGCACAGAACUUCCUGAGCGGCUAAAAAACCUGGGACAGGGCUCACUGCAGUUCUGUCAACAAGUAUUGACUCGAAGCUUUCCCUCCAUGCAAAUAUGAAGCUGAUACCUGCAGCAGACUCCUCCCCGGGCCCUGUCCCUUUCUGAGCCAUGUGUGAGUGUGUGCAUGUCUGUGUGCUUCAAUAACUAUCACAGGAUUAUUUAAUGCUGCGCUCCCCACAAGGCUUUGAAGAUUUUUGUCUUCACUUGAAGGACAUCCUGCAGAACAGUCAGAGGAUUGGUCAGUUUGGAUUUUUUCUCAUAUUUUUGUUUUUAAUUUGUAAAAAUAAUUCUGGUUCAGAAAAUAUUUUUAAGAAUGUAGAAUAGAUGGAAAUGUCUCUGUACAGAGUAUCAUGUUUAAUAUAUUGUGUAAAUAUACUGAAAAGGAAAGUAAUAUUUUAUAUGAUGCAUGAAAUGAAAUGCAUAGUCUGUGAUUUGCAGCUUUGAAUUAGAAUUUUUUUCUAUUAAUCCAAGAAAAAAGACAUUAAAAUGCUUGGUUGCUGAUGUU